UUGUUUAUCAACAAUGAGUUUGUCGAUGCCAGAAACAAACGUACAAUUCCUAUCAUCAACCCUUCCACAGAGGAAGUGAUCUGUGAAGUCCAAGGCGCCGAGAAGGAAGAUGUGGAUCUAGCUGUGGCUGCUGCAAGAGCAGCUUUCAAAUUGGGCUCACCCUGGAGAACCCUGGACGCCUCCAAGAGAGGGUAUCUGAUCAACAAGUUUGCUUCUCUUCUGGAGCGGGACUUUGAGUAUCUGGCUUCCCUGGAGACACUAAACAAUGGCAAGACACUGACAGACGCCAGAGAAGAUGUAUCUGCCUCCAUUGCUGUGUUCAAGUAUUUUGCUGGCUGGUCAGAUAAAGUCUGUGGCAAGACAAUCCCCGUUGAUGGCAAUUACUUUACAUACACCAGACAUGAGCCAGUGGGAGUCUGUGGGCAGAUCAUACCUUGGAACUAUCCCCUGCUGAUGCUGUCCUGGAAGAUCGGCCCAGCUCUUGCCUGUGGGAACACUGUUGUACUGAAGCCAUCUGAGUUCACCCCACUGACUGCCCUGUACUCAGCUCAGUUGUUCAAAGAGGCUGGGUUCCCACCUGGUGUGGUCAACAUUGUUCCAGGUUAUGGUCAGACUGCUGGGGCAGCCAUUGCCAGCCACAUGGACAUUGACAAGAUUGCUAUGACUGGAUCCACUGCAACUGGGAGAAAGAUUCUAGCAGCGUCUGCUGAGAGCAACUUGAAGAGGGUCAGUCUGGAGCUCGGAGGGAAGAGUCCUCUGAUCAUUUUUGCAGAUUGUGAUUUGGACUUUGCUGUGUCGUGUGCACACAGUGGCAUCAUGAACAACCAUGGACAGAACUGUGUGGCAGCUUCACGAACUUUUGUCCAGGACUCCAUUUAUGACGAGUUUGUGAACAAAUCGAAAGCUCUGGUAGCACGCAGGACAGUCGGGAAUCCGUUUGAUCCAAAAACUCAGCAAGGACCUCUUAUCAACAAGGUGCAGUUUGAGAAGGUGCUGGGCUUCAUUCAGAAAGGGAAAGAAGAAGGAGCCAGCUUGGUGAUUGGUGGAGGCCGUGCUGGGAGCAAAGGUUACUUUGUGGAGCCAACUGUGUUUGCUGGGGUCAAGGACGACAUGACAAUUGCAACAGAUGAGAUUUUUGGGCCUGUCCAAAGCAUCAUCAAGUUCAGCAACGUAGAGGAAGUGAUUGACAGAGCCAACAGGACCAGAUAUGGUCUGGCAGCUGGAGUCAUCACCAAUGACAUCAACAAGGCACUGAAGAUCUCCCAGUCUCUCCAGGCUGGCAGUGUGUGGGUGAACUGUUAUGACAUUGUCACUUGUCAGACACCAUUUGGAGGUUUUAAGCAGUCAGGACAAGGCCGUGAAUUGGGCGAAUAUGCACUUCAUGAGUACACUGAGAUUAAAACAGUCACCAUUCAGGUUCCGGAGAAAAAUUCUUAA